AUGGACUGGGAUAGAAAUGGCCAAAUUCUGGGCAUAAUCGACGAUGAAACUCAUUAUAUCUACGUUUGGGAGGCCUGUUCACUAAAAUUAAAUAGGUUUCCGACAAAUUUUAAGGAAAAUAUUAGCACUAUUGCCUGGUCCAAGGUGGACGAAAGAUUUGCAGUUGGCACUUCAAAAGGGAAUAUGCUGAUCUGUGACUGGAAUACGAAAAAAAAAUAUCCGGUCCUAGGUGUGCACACGCGCCGAAUUUUAGCUGUUGUUUGGAGUUUUACAGGGCUAUUGGCAACUACUGGCGAGGAUAGAGUUCUAUCUCUUAGCUCCAUUGACGGUAAUCCUAUCAAACAAGUAGAACUUGAAGGUAUACCGAGGAAUGUGAUCUUCACUCACACAUCAUUGUCGAAGUUUGGACGCAAUGAAGAUAAUGCGGUUAGCUGUAUUGUUAACCAGAAUCAGUUACUCGUUUGGAAAUUUCAUGAAGACGUACAGCCAAUCUCUUACACUUUCAAUGGUCUAUGUGGUGAUGUUGUGGCGCACGUAUGGCAAGACAUGGAAUGUGUCAUUGUCGGAUUUUCUGAGGGCAGCCUCGCGCUUAUAUCCAUGGUCGAAUCCGACGCAGGAAAGGAACUCCUUAGGAUUCGAGAGUAUGGUGAAAAUUUACUUGCACUUGCUGUCUCACCGGAACUCCAGCUGUUCGCUACCGCCAGUGAUAAAAGUGUUAAGGUUCAUGAGAAAAACAAAUUGAACGAAGUAAUUGCGGUAGUGGAGUUGGAUGACAUGGAUGUGGUGGGAGACUUACAUUCGUCACCGCUGCCCCACCCGCAGAAUCCUUUUGCGUGCUCUUUGGGAUGGUCUGAGGACGGACAGCUAAUGGGCAUCAUUUCAUCCAGGAACGUUCUCCAUGUUUUUAUAAGUCAGAUGCCCUUAAUGAGUGAUGUUUCCUCUGCGGGAAUUGUAGCCAGAUUUACAUCUCUUCUCGAAAUCACUUUGGAACCAUUAUGUAUUGAUAUGAAGUGUGAUCAGUUGGCUUCUCGUGUCAUCCCCAUAUGUGUGGAACCCACCUUUAUGGGAAUCGGCCCUAGUCAUUUAGCUGUUGGAUUCGAUAGCACCACCUAUUUCUACAAUAUAUCAAAUAAAGGAGAUACGCAGGUUGUCUGCGAACGCACUUAUCCAGAGCCCAUAAAGGCCAUCAAACUGAAUAGUAAUUACGCGGCUACAGGCACCAUCGGAGGCCGUAUCAUCUUUCACUGGAUUGAAUCAACUAACUGUCCUGCAAAAAUGCAAGCAUCAGGCAGUAAUGAAGGCAGGUACAAUCACGUGUACGGUGGAGGAAAGUCGGAAGCUCAAUUUCCGCUGGAUAAUUCGAGGAAGGAGAAGACUCUCCCAGAGAUUGGUGAACGAGUAAUCAGUUUUGAUCUCUCGGACGCUUUGCUAAGCUAUUCGGUCGAUUCUGGGAAACUAUACCAGUUCCAUAUUGGUGAAUGGGCCAUUGUCAAUACAUACGAACAUUACUGUCAAAUAACUUCACUGUCCUCCACCAAGUGCGGACGCGUACUCGCCCUUACCGACGCACAGCAUGAUGCGUACAUUUUUAACUCGGCCUUCUCAACCCUUGUCGAAGUUCCGAAUUCCCCUAUUGAUAUAAGUAGCGUUCUCUGGGAUUUCAAUGAUUGCGAGAAUACAUGCAUGUUGACAUUUGUGGAAAAGCGGAUAGAGACAGUGAAUCAAAACUUACACGACAGUGAAAGGUGUUGGAAUAAAGACGCAAGACAUAAUACCCCGUUCCAAAAUGGUGAGUGUCGUUUACUUGAUCGUAUGCAUCCACCGCUCAACUACACUCCUCUUGGCUUUUUUGCCGAGGACGUCUGUUUCUUAACCCAGCGUGGUAGUUUAGUCCACGCCACUCUUCCCAUUCACACAUUCAGAAACUACGCAUCCUCCAGAGCAGGAUCUGAUGUUGCUUCGGAAAGUGCACCAUGUGAGCGUGAUAAUGAGCACAGCGCUUCUCGCACAAAGUUGGAGAAAGUUAAGGAUGGAAAAAGUAAACUUCAAGACAAUACUCUUAUUGCGCAUUUUGAGAAAACUCUGUACGCCGGCGCUUUCGAAGAUGCUUUGAUACUCUCCGAUUUAAUUCGGCUGCCGUUGCGAUGGCGUCAACUUGCUAGAGCCUGCAUCACUUGUCUCGAUUUUGAUAUCGCUAUUCAGGCUUUUCGUAGACUUAAUGACUGCGGCUCAGUGCUUGUCAUCCAGAAGCUAAAGAAAAUUGAAGAAAAGCAGCUAUUAUAUGGCCACGUUUGCAUGUUUCUUGGAGAUUUCAACCGUGCACAGGAGUUCUUUCUUGCGUCUUCCAAGCCUGAAGCAGCACUAGAGAUGCGCCGUGACCUGUUGCAUUGGGAUGCUGCUCUGCAGUUGGCUCGGAGCCUUCAGCCCCAUGAGGUUCCCUUUAUCAGUCGAGAAUAUGCUUUUGAAUUAGAAUGCGCCGGCGACUACGUUAAUGCUUUGAUGUACUACGAACGAGCGCUGGAACGCCCAGCUAUCAGUGAUAAACAUUUAGACUACAGUAUCUUCGUGGAAGAAGCUAGAGUUCUACUGACCGGUGGCUGUGCUGGUUUUGACGACUGCAAAUCUGACGAGUGGGACGAGCAUGUAGACAUGUGUAAUGCAGGAGUCAUUAGAAAUACCAUUCGUCUUGGCGACUACAAGCGGGGCUUGUCCAUGGUACUGAGAAGUCCCAGCCUAGCUCUUAAAAAGGAGUGUGCAUCUAUUUUGGAGCAAGCACGGCAAUGGAUGGAAGCUGCAGCUCUUCAUGAAGCCACCGGACAGACGGACGCUGCGAUUGCCGUCUACCUCAAAUCGAAAAACUACAAGAAGGCGGGUGAACUUCUGUGCACAACGAAGGCCUCUAGUCAGUUGUACCUAGACUACGCUAAGGCGAGAGAAUCAAGUGGCGCGUAUGUUGAGGCAAUUUCUGCCUACGAAAGUGCCAAAGACUGGGAAUCCGUUGUUCGAUUAACCCUUGAUAAGAUGAACAAUCCCGCCGCCGCAGUGAAGGUAGUCAGAGAGACGAAGUGUGUGGAAGCGGCCAAAACGGUGGCUCAGUACUUCACAAAAGUGGGUGACUUUGCUUCUGCCAUUCAAUUCCUCGUGCUUUCAAAAUGCCACAAUGCUGCAUACGAGCUUGCUUUGAAGCAUCGCAAAAUGGAGGUCUACGCCAACGUGAUAGGUGGGCUUUCUACACUAUUUUCAAAUGCUAGGUACAAACUGAAACGUAAUUGGAGUACAGGCUUUUGCAUCUCGUCCAGUCGUGAACAAUCUCUAACUCUGACGAGGGGGAGGGACGGAUCACCCGAAGAAUAUAAGAGCAUCGCCGUUCACUUUGAGUGCGAACGGAAUUCCCUACUGGCCGGAAAAUUCUUUUUGUACGCCAAGCAAUAUGCGAAAGCGGUGCGCCAUCUCCUCCGAGUGCCCCACUCGGACACCUCAACAGCACUGGACCUGGCCAUAGAGGCCGUGGGCGAAGCAAGAGACAAGAAGUUGACUAACAUGGUGAUUACAUACUUGAUGGGCGAAGCCGAUGGCAUUACAAAGGACUUGCGGCACCUCUUCCGCCUCUACAUGGCACUCCAUCAAUAUCACGACGCCGCUCGCACUGCUGUGGUAGUUGCUCGUGAGGAACAGUCGAAUGGAAAAUAUCGCAACGCUCGCAACCUCCUCUUCUCUAUGGUACAAGAGUUGAGACAACAAAACAUCAAGGUUCCAGCCGAAAUGUUGGAUAACUUAAGCCUCCUUCACUCCUACAUUCUGGCCAAGUUUCAUGUCAACUUUGGCAACCACAUGAUGGCUGCCAGAUUGCUAAUUCGCAUCGCCCAAAAUGUCAGCAAAUUUCCAUUGCACAUCGUGCCGAUUCUGUCGAGCACCGUAAUCGAAUGCCAAAAAGUAAACCUAAAGCACAUGAGUUUUACAUAUGCGUCAAUGCUGCUGCGAAAUGAGUAUAAAGAGAAGAUAGAUCCACGCUACCGCCGUCGAAUCGAGGGCACUGUUCGCCGUCCUGAAAAACUCUCACCAGAAGAAGCAAAGGCACUCAACUCCACCGCCCCUUGUCCCUUCUGCUCUGAUGCUGUGGCCGAGUACGAACUUACCUGCAGCUCCUGUCGAACUCACCUGCCCUACUGCACUCUUACGGGCAAACAUAUCGUAAAAGAGGACUUAACUCUCUGCCCUGGUUGUGAUUUCCCAAUGACGUACACAACUUUAAUGUCUUACAUCGAGAACCACCCGGAUUUCGCUUGUCAGAUGUGCUCAACCCCUCUCGUGAGAGAUCAAAUUCGUCGCCUAGUGGACACCACAGAGAUACUUCUCAGAUGGAACUCUGGACUAAUUGAACCUGAAGUAGGAAUGCAGACACCGACGAUUGCGAGGGACAUAAGCAUUCUAUGUGAUAAAACUCUCGACGAACCGUCUUCAAAUGAUCUCAAAUCAUCCUGA